GCGGUUGCGGCGGAAGUGGAAGCGCGUGACGCGGCACGCCCGGGCGCCGGCUACGUUGCGGGAAGGGAAGUUGGACCCACGGCGGCUGGGCUGGGCCGCAGGGCGGUGGUGGCGGGCUAGCUCGGGCCCGGUCCGGGCGGUAGCGGGGCUCCAGAUGUUGCCAAGUACUUCAAUGAAUUCCUCAAUGCUGGGGAAUGGAGCCUUGAAUUCCAGGGAUGCAGCAAGACAUACGGCUGGCGCAAAACGUUACAAAUACCUGAGAAGGCUUUUUCGUUUUCGGCAGAUGGACUUUGAGUUUGCUGCCUGGCAGAUGUUCUACCUGUUCACUUCCCCACAGCGGGUUUAUAGAAACUUUCAUUACCGAAAACAGACAAAGGACCAGUGGGCCAGAGAUGACCCUGCUUUCUUGGUCCUGUUAAGUAUCUGGCUCUGUGUGUCCACUAUAGGAUUUGGCUUUGUCUUGGACAUGGGAUUUUUUGAGACGAUUAAGCUUCUCCUUUGGGUUGUAUUCAUAGAUUGUGUAGGUGUUGGUCUUCUAAUAGCAACUUUAAUGUGGUUCAUCUCUAACAAGUAUUUAGUGAAACGACAGAGCAGAGACUAUGAUGUGGAGUGGGGCUAUGCCUUUGAUGUGCACCUGAAUGCUUUUUAUCCACUCCUAGUCAUUUUGCAUUUUAUCCAGCUUUUUUUCAUCAACCAUGUUAUCCUAACAGACACGUUUAUUGGAUAUUUAGUUGGAAAUACUUUAUGGUUGAUUGCAGUUGGCUAUUAUAUCUAUGUAACCUUCCUGGGAUACAGUGCAUUGCCAUUUUUGAAAAAUACAGUAAUUCUUCUCUAUCCAUUUGCACCUCUCAUUCUACUCUACGGGCUGUCACUGGCGCUAGGAUGGAACUUUACCCAUACUCUGUGCUCUUUCUACAAGUACAGAGUGAAAUGAAAAGACAGAAUGAGAAUAUUCCAUCUUAACUGUGUCAACAGUAUUGAUGAAAUGAUGAUUUCUUGUAAACUUGUAAAUAAACUAUUUGUAGAUAAAGGUGUAAAGUUUGCAAAUUUGAAUAAAUAUAUGUUAACACUGUUGU